AACGCUCCGUGGCGCGAACCUGAGGUGGAGUGGAAGCCCUUAAAUCCGCUAAUCAUUCGAGAUAAUGCUCCGUGGCGCGAAAUUGAGGUGGAGUGGAAGCGCUUAAAUCCGCUCGUCAUUCGAGAUAACGCUCCGUGGCGCGAAUUUGAGGUGGACUGGAAGCGUAGAAAUCCGCACGUCAUUCGAGGUAAUGCUGCGUGGCGCGAAUUUGACGUGGAGUGGAAGCCCUUAAAACCGCACGUCAAUCGAGAUAAUGCUCCGUGGCGUGAAAUUGAGGUGGAGUGGAAGCGCUUAAAUCCGCUCAUCAUUCGAGAUAACGCUCCGUGGCGCGAAUUUGAGGUGGAGUGGAAGCCCUUAAAUCCGCUAAUCAUUCGAGAUAAUGCUCCGUGGCGCGAAAUUGAGGUGGACUGGAAGCGUAGAAAUCCGCACGUCAUUCGAGAUAAUGCUGCGUGGCGCGAGUUUGAGGUGGAGUGGAAGCCCUUAAAUCCGCUAAUCAUUCGAGAUAAUGCUCCGUGGCGCGAAAUUGAGGUGGACUGGAAGCGUAGAAAUCCGCACGUCAUUCGAGGUAAUGCUGCGUGGCGCGAAUUUGACGUGGAGUGGAAGCCCUUAAAACCGCACGUCAAUCGAGAUAAUGCUCCGUGGCGCAAACCUGAAGUAGAGUGGAAGCCCAUAAAUCCGCUAACCAUUUGA